CACCAUUAGUGCUGUUAGCCUUAGCGUUGCUAGAUGUAGCCUCGAAGCGAGCGAAGAAUGUGUUUAGCUCAUUCGCCAGAGAUUCAUCCGCGCUCAUCAGUCCAGAGGGUGGGCUCCUGUAGUCCGUGAUCGUCCAUAGUUCCUGCCACAGGCAUCUAGAGCCAUUCUACUGGAACCGUGACUCUACUUUCCUCCCUUUCCUCUCUCACCACCCCGAGUUCAGAGCCUCCUAGAUGGUUUUGUCCACCCAGAGCUUUUGGUUGAGCUGCAUCAGGAUAUGUCCCAGUCCGCGUUAUCCAGAGCAGCCACCAUCUUAAAUGAUGUAUUUUCAAACAUAUCUUCUGCUUCAUAUCGUUGUGUCCACUCUACGCCACGGCAGAAUUACAGCUGUAAGAGUCAUUGGAAGGAGUGUGACCAUUCAAGAAGGAGGCAGUGCCACAUUGUUCUGUCAGCUAAUUGAUACAGUGGAGGAACUUACACAGAUUACAUGGCAAAAAAGAACACGGGGAAAGCCAGAAAAUAGGAACUUUUUUGUCAUCAGUCCAGAUGGCAUAACAGAACAUAUAAAUGGACUAAAAGACAGAAUUGAUUUUAUAGGGAACAUGCAAGAAUGUGUUGGCUCAAUUGCUCUGAAGAAUGUUUCAUUACUGGAUGAAGGAAUAUAUACAUGCAUCUUUAACAUAUUCCCAAGUGGGCCAUUUGGGACAGAGAUUAAGCUCACUGUGUUGGUUCCGCCUGUUGUCAGUGUCGGCCCUGUGAUAAUUCCUGUUGCUGGUGAUGGUAACGUGACCUUGGCGACCUGCACUGCAGCCAAAACAAGGCCUGCAGCAGAAGUGUCAUGGCUCUUGGCUCUGAACACCUCUGUGAGAGUAGAGACCAGCCUGUCUCUGCAAACCGAUGGAACUUACACUGUUACAAGUCAUUUGAUUGGUGUAGCAUCCAAAGAACUUAACCAGCAGAAGGUUCAUUGUUUGGUGAACCACAUGGCCCUGCAUACAGAACUGGUACUGGACUACACAAUAGUAAUCCAUUAUCCUCCUCAGGUUGCUUAUAUUUUAUCCGUUGGUAAAGCAACAAAACAUCAAGAAUUUCUCUGUGAAGCAGAUGGCAAUCCAAAACCAACAACCUUCACCUGGAGGAGGGUGAACAUCCAAGUUGAUGAUAAAGACAAACUUCUAAUCCCACUAUCUUCUGACCAUAAUGGCUUGUAUGUCUGUGAAGCUUCAAACCAGUAUGGAAGUGUCACAGGAUCUCUCUAUGUAUAUGUUAAUAGAGAAUCCACAUGGACCACUGUGGUUAUUCUGGGAAUUAUUCUGGUUACUAUUCUACUUUUUCUUUUGUAUUUUUUUCGUAAGCGCUUGUUCACACAUCUCGUACAGCUAUGGAGAGGAAUUCACCAUGUCGACCGCGACCGUGACCGUGUGCCUACUCAGUCACCCUCGCAGAAUACACGUUCAGAAAGAACAGAGGAGCAACAACUUGGAGCAUGUUACACUCCUGGACUGCUGUAGUGUGUUCUUGGUCCAGUUCGGGAUUUAGGACUGUCUGUGCACCUCGCUGCUGGCCUCGCCCUUCCUUGAGGGAUUGCUGUGGCUUAUAUAAGGACCCUGCAGGAAAAAGACAGCGGCUUGCCCAAGCUCCUUCUUGUACUGGUGGUGAUUUGUGAGUUUGUUAUUUUUGCUGUGCUUACCUUGUCUUGUGAUAUCCCUAGUUAGCCUGUGCUUGUGUUUGUGUAUGUGUAGAUCUGUAUGUGAGCAUUAAAAUGCAUUAAAUUGUUCAAGAUGACCUUAUACUGUUUCACAGACAUUUAAUAUUCUGUAACUUCCUUUGGGAUCAAUAAAGUUUUCUUAAAAUUAUAUUAA